CUUGAAACGUUUCACGUUUAUAAAAAGACAUUUGGUUUUCUAUAUAUUAAACGCACAGAGCAACGCAAGAAAUCCAAAGGUUCAUCAAAUCGUCGAUGGAGGCUAUGCAGACUACAAAACCACACGCCGCCAUGUUCGCCAGCCCAGGAAUGGGCCACGUCAUCCCGGUGAUCGAACUCGCAAAACGCUUAGCUGGAUCCCACGGCUUCCACAUCACCAUCUUCGUCCUUGAAGCCGACGCAGCCUCCGUUCAAUCCCAGUUUCUCAACUCACCUGGCUGCGUUGCCAACCUUUUUGACGUUGUCGGCCUCCCGUCUCCGGACAUCUCUGGCAUGGUUGACCCGUCAGCCUUUUUCGGGAUCAAGCUGUUGAUCAUGAUGCGUGAGACUGUUCCCAUCCUCCGAGAAAAGAUCGCUGAGAUGAAGCACAAACCAACGGCUCUUAUCGUAGACGUGCUUGGCCUGUACGCAUUACGGCUCGGUGAAGAGUUCAACAUGUUGACUUAUGUCUUCAUCGCUUCAAACGCACGUUUCCUCGCGGUGGCUAUGUACUUCCCAACACUGGACAAAGACGUGGAAGAAGAGCACAUAAUAAAAAAGAAACCCUUAGCUCUACCGGGAUGUGAACCGGUUCGGUUUGAGGACACUCUUGAACCGUUUCGUGACCGGAAGGACCCGAAUUACCAGGAAUGUGUUCCUCUUGGUUUGUUGUACCCAACGGCUGAUGGGUUAAUUGUGAAUACAUGGGAUGAUAUGGAGCCCAAAACCCUGAGGUCACUUCAAGACCCAAAGCUCCUUGGUCGGAUUGCUUGUGUUCCGGUUUAUCCAAUUGGUCCUUUAUGCAGACCGGUUGAUCCAUCUAAAACCAAUCAUCCGGUUUUGGAUUGGUUAAACAAACAACCGGACGAGUCAGUGCUUUACAUUUCAUUUGGAAGUGGCGGAUCUCUCUCGGCUAAACAACUAACUGAACUGGCUUGGGGGCUUGAACUAAGUCAGCAACGGUUUGUUUGGGUGGUCCGACCACCAGUGGACGGUUUGCCUUGCAGCGCUUAUUUCUCGGUUAACAAUAGUGGAAUACAAGACGGCACGCCAGAUUAUCUACCAGAAGAGUUCGUUAGUCGAACUCAUGAGAGAGGCCUUGUAGUCCCUUCAUGGGCCCCGCAGGCUGAGAUCCUGGCGCACAAGGCUGUUGGUGGGUUCUUGACUCAUUGUGGUUGGAACUCGAUUCUAGAGAGCGUUGUUAACGGUGUUCCAAUGAUUGCUUGGCCGCUUUUUGCGGACCAGAAGCUGAAUGCAACACUGCUUAAUGAAGAGCUUGGAAUCGCCGUCCGGUCUAAGAAACUGCCGUCUGAAGAGAUGACUUCAAGGGUAGAAAUCGAGGCGUUGGUGAGGAGGGUUAUGGUAGGAGAGGAAGGUUGUAAGAUGAGAGAUAUGGUGAAGAAGCUGAAAAUCACAGCAGCUGAGGCGGUGAGUUGUGACGGUGGAUCGGCGCACAAAUCUCUGUUAGGAGUUGCACAGCAGUGCCAGCGCCUUUUGGACCGAGCCAGUGGGAUGGCACGUGGUGCCUAAGAACAUUUACUGUUUGAAAAUGUUAAGCUUAAGUUUGUCCUUUAAAUGUGUUUCCAGGUAGUCUUGUCACAUGCUUGAUGCUAUCAUGUUUUUAUCUUGUUACCGUCACUUGCUAUCAGUUACUAUGUAUCUACAUCGUACAAAUAAAUAACCGGUGUUUAAUAAGUCUUGGAAUAUCAGACAAAAAUAUUUAUGAUUAGUACUUGACGUCAAUUUGUACGUUUGUUUUAAAUAACUUUUGUAUAUUAAUAUGAUGUUUACAAAAUCAUUGUCAUGACGUACGAUAGCAGUUGUUAUAUAAUGUAUUCUUAAUGAGUUAUUCAUUCCUAAUCGCCUUAGGUUAUUGUAUUGUAAUCAAGAUCUGGCUGACACAACUGAUCUAGUGAAACAAAAAGAGAGUAGCUCAAUUUUGUCUUAUACUUUCUUUUUCUUAAGCAACGUCUUACAUAUUUUCUCAACCAACUUUAUUAAUCUCUCUCUCUCUCUCUCUAGUUAUGUAUAUGUUCGAAUAUGUUAUUAAGGAAUCUUUCAUUUUUAAAUCUGAUUACCUAAGGAAACUUUAAAGUUUAAAUUGAUUGGA